AAAAGUUUGCUUCAUUCUUUCCUUUUUUUGUUAAUCAAGUUGAACUUGACAACUUGAGAAAUUUCUAAAUUUAUUUACUAUAUUAGUCUCGCAGUGGUAAGAAAUUGCUCAUUUACUGGAGCAGAACGUUCGAUACAUCUGUUGAUUUAUUUCUCGCGUAGUAUACUAGUGAAAAUUUCAAUUAUCAGGUAUUUAUUGCGAAUCCUUCGGAUCCUGUUACAACUGCUUUGAAGUAUUGAAUUUGUUAUGAAGAUUUGGACCUCAGAACACGUAUUCAACCAUUCUUGGGAGACGGUAGUACAGGCAGCAUGGAGGAAGUAUCCAAAUCCAAUGAAUCCAGCUGUCAUCGGUACUGAUAUAAUAAAUCGCGAAGUUAGAGAUGGAAUUUUGCAUACGCACCGAUUAGUCACAUCUGAAUGGGGUUUACCAACUUGGGCUCGUUCGAUCAUUGGACCCAGUGGUGUAUGUUACGCUAGUGAAAAAUCCGAAGUAAAUCCUGAACAGAGGAAAAUGAAUCUACAAACCAGAAACCUAUCAUUUGGCAGUUUGAUCGCAGUAGAUGAAAAGCUCACCUAUGAACCAUGUCCAAAUGAUACAUCGAAAACGUUACUUAGACAAGAGGCUAUUGUUACCGUACAAGGAGUACCUUUAUGUAGUUAUAUUGAAAAUUUGUUAACUAAUAAAAUAUCCCACAAUGCGUCCAAGGGACGUCAAGCUAUAGAAUGGGUUAUUGAUAAAAUAGAAACGGAAGUGAGCGAAAUAAAGAACUCGGCUGUGAAAAAUAAGGAUGAAAUAGUCUCGCACACGAAGAAAUCAUUCGAUGAUUUCACAUCAUCGGCUCGCAAAUCAAUCGAUGAAAUGUUUCUCACGUAAAGAGUGAUUCAUUUUCUCGUCUAGUGAUCGUGUAUCGGAAAAGUAGAUCGUUUUGUUUCAAUUCACGAGCCAUCAAAUAUGUCCUUUUCAUUCAAUUCCAUUUUCACAUUAAAACGAUUCCAAGCUCAAAAAUCCCGAUGUGUACUUUAAGCUUGUAAAUUGGUCAUAUUUUUUUAUUACUUUAUUUUAUACAAAUUACGAAUACUUACAAUUCUUACGUAUUUUUUGUUUGUAUAUAUUUCUUGUAAUAUGGUUGUUUUAUUGGAAUCGAUUUACUGUGAUGAUUACUGUUAAUUUUUUUGUUUUAUUCAGCUUGCGCCAAGUAACGUAAAAUUGAUUAUAACUAGUACUUUUUGUUUUGUUAAUUUUCGCCCUCCUUUCCUCUCGAAGAAAACAAUCAACGUUUUUCGCGUAGAAAUUUAUGCCCGAUGAUUCAAUAUUAUUUAUGCGAAUGUGUAAAGUCAUUUAUCCCUAUCAGAUUGUUUUUACUGGUAUGUUAUCUAGUAUACUUUUUUGUUUUCAGUUGAUGGUAAGAUGUUUUCAAAAACCAAGUAAAUAAUUUGACUCUUCUUUGUU